AUGUGUCAGUCUGUGUGGGUGUUCUCAAUCUACAAUUACGAUGUCCGUGGAGACGAGGAGCUGUCGCUACAGAUUGGAGACACAGUCCACAUACUAGAGACAUAUGAAGGCUGGUACAGAGGUCACAGGCUGAGGAGGAAGUCCAAGAAAGGGGUCUUUCCUGCCUGUUACAUUCACCUCAAGGAGGCCACCGUUGAAGGCAAUGGGCACAAGGAGACGGUGAUUCCCAACGAGCUGCCUCUGGUCCAGGAGGUCACCACCACCCUGCGGGAGUGGGCUUCCAUUUGGAGAGACCUCUACGUGGUGAGUGGAGGGGACAGGCGUGAGAUGUUUAACUCUGUCAGGGACAUGAUCUAUGACCUGAUCGAGUGGCGAUCUCAGAUCCUGUCAGGGACGCUCCCACAAGACGAGCUGACUGAGCUUAAACAGAGAGUCACCUCUAAGAUCGACUACGGGAACAAGUACCUGGAUCUAGACCUCGUGGUGAGAGAUAAAGAUGGCAACAUCUUGGACCCCGAGUCUACCAGCACCGUCUCUCUCUUCAGAGCCCACGAAGCUGCUUCCAAACAGAUCGAGGACAGGAUCCAAGAGGAGAAGUCUCAGAAACAGAAUGUAGAUCUGAGCAGACAGGCCAAGUUCGCCCAGACACCGUCCUUCGCUCUCUUCGUCACCCUGAAGAACGUGGUGUGUAAGAUCGGAGAAGAUGCAGAGGUCCUCAUGUCGCUCUACGACCCUGUUGAGUCAAAGUUCAUCAGUGAGAAUUACCUGGUGCGAUGGUCCAGUCAAGGCCUGGUGAAAGAUAUAGACCAGCUACACAACCUGAGAUCUGUCUUCACUGACCUUGGCAGUGAGGAUUUAAAGAGAGAGAAGAUCAGCUUUGUGUGCCAGAUCGUUAGAGUUGGACGGAUGGAGCUACGUGACAACAACACCAAGAAGCUGACCUCUGGGCUGAGGAGACCCUUUGGAGUGGCAGUAAUGGAUGUGACUGACAUCAUAACAGGCAAGAUGGAUGAUGAGGACAAGCAGCAUUUCAUCCCCUUCCAGCCGGUGGCCGGGGAGAGCGACUUUCUCCAGACCGUCAUCAACAAGGUCAUCGCUGCCAAGGAGGUCAACCACAAGGGACAAGGUCUGUGGGUGACUCUGAAACUGCUUCCGGGUGAUAUCCAUCAGAUCAGGAAGGACUUCCCUCACCUGGUUGACCGUUCCACAGCCGUUGCCCGCAAGAUGGGCUUCCCAGAGAUCAUCAUGCCAGGUGACGUGCGUAACGAUAUCUACGUAACCCUGGUUCAGGGAGAGUUUGAUAAAGGCAGCAAGUCCACCCCCAAGAAUGUCGAGGUCACCAUGACGGUCUACGACGAGGACGGAAAGAAACUGGAGAACGUGAUGUUCCCUGGUGCUGGAGACGAGGGCAUCUUGGAGUACAAGUCUGUCAUCUACUACCAGAUCAAACAGCCACGCUGGUUUGAAACCAUCAAGGUUGCCAUCCCUAUUGAAGACGUGAACCGAAGUCACCUGCGAUUCACCUUCCGUCACCGAUCAUCUCAAGAAUCCAAAGACAAAUCGGAGAAGAUAUUCGCCCUGUCGUUUGUGAAGCUGAUGAGGUACGAUGGGACGACCCUGAGGGACGGAGAGCACGAUCUCAUCGUAUACAAGGCGGAGGCUAAGAAGCUGGAGGACUCGUCUCUGUACCUGAACCUGCCUGCUACCAAGGUGGAGCUGGAGGAGAAGGGAUUGUCCACUACAGGGAAGGGUACACACAACCUGGGCAACUGUACCAUCAGCAAGGACUCCUUCCAGAUAGCAACCCUGGUGUGUUCCACCAAGCUCACACAGAACGUGGAUCUGCUGGGCCUGCUGAAGUGGCGCUCCAACACCAGCCUCCUACAGCAGAACCUCCGACAGCUGAUGAAGGUCGAGGGAGGAGAGGUCGUCAAGUUUCUGCAGGACACCCUUGAUGCCCUGUUUAACAUUAUGAUGGAGAACUCAGACAGUGACACAUUUGACACCCUGGUGUUUGAUUCCUUGGUAUUCAUAAUUGGACUCAUUGCAGACAGAAAGUUUCAGCACUUUAACCCUGUCCUUGAAACCUACAUAAGGAAGCAUUUCAGUGCUACUCUGGCGUACACGAAGCUGACCAAGGUUCUGAAGAACUAUGUGGAGAAUGCAGAGAAGCUGACGGAACAGCUGCUGAAGGCCAUGAAAGCCUUGGAGUACAUAUUCAAGUUUAUAGUGCGUUCCAGGGUCCUCUUCAACCAACUGUAUGAGAACAAAGGAGAAGCAGACUUCAUGGAGUCCUUGAGGAAUCUCUUCACUUCCUUCAAUGACAUGAUGAACAUCAACUCUGAGAACACAGGCAUGGUGAAGGGUGCAGCGUUGAGAUACGUCCCCACCAUCGUGAACGACGUCAAACUGGUCUUCGAUCCCAAGGAGCUCAGUAAACUGUUCACAGAGUUCAUUCUGAAGGUUCCUCUGGGUCGUCUGGUCAAACAGAAGCUACACUGCCUCAUCGACAUCGUCCACAGUGAUCUCUUCACACAGCAUGACUGCCGGGAGAUCCUGCUUCCUCUGAUGACAGAACAGCUGAAGUUUCAUCUAGAGAACCAGGAGGAACUGGAGGCCUGCUGUCAGCUGCUGAGUAACAUACUAGAGGUCCUCUACAGGAAGGAUGUGGGUCCUACUCAGUGGCAUGUCCAGAUCAUCAUGGAGAAGCUCCUGAGGACCGUCAACAGAACAGUCAUCUCCAUGGGCAGAGACUCUCCUCUCAUUGGCAGCUUCGUGGCCAGCAUGACCGCUACUCUGAGACAGAUGGACGACUACCACUACACUCACCUGAUCAACACCUUCGGCAAGAUGAGGACCGACGUUGUGGAUUUCCUGAUGGAAACAUUCAUCAUGUUCAAGGACCUCAUUGGGAAGAAUGUCUACCCUGGCGACUGGGUCAUCAUGAACAUGAUGCAGAAUAAAGUGUUCCUGAGGGCCAUUAAUCAGUAUGCAGCCGUGUUAAACAAGAAGUUCCUGGAUCAGACCAACUUUGAGCUUCAGCUGUGGAACAACUACUUCCACCUCGCCGUGGCAUAUCUUACCCAGGAGUCCUUGCAGCUUGAGAACUUCUCCAGCGACAAACGAUCCAAGAUCUUCCAGAAGUACCAGGACAUGAGGAGACAGAUCGGCUUUGAGAUCAGAGACAUGUGGUAUAAUCUAGGUCCACACAAGAUCAAGUUCAUCCCAGAGAUGGUGGGUCCCAUCCUGGAGAUGACUCUGGUCCCAGAGAUCGAGCUGAGGAAAGCUACCAUCCCCAUCUUCUUCGACAUGAUGCAGUGUGAAUUCCACUUCACAUGCAGCUUCCAACGGUUUGAGAAUGAGAUCAUCACCAAACUGGAUCACGAGGUGGAGGGGGGCAGAGGAGACGAGCAGUACAAAGUCCUCUUCCACAAGAUUCUGUUGGAACACUGCAGGAAACACAAGUACCUGUCUAAGAGUGGGGAGAGCUUUGUGAACCUGGUGGUUCGUCUGUUGGAGAGGCUCCUGGACUACAGGACCAUCAUGCACGAUGAGAACAAGGAGAACCGGAUGAGCUGCACCGUCAACGUGCUGAACUUCUACAAGGAGAUCGAGAGAGAGGAGAUGUACAUCAGGUACCUGUACAAGCUGUGUGACCUCCACAAGGAGUGUGACAACUACACUGAAGCUGCCUACACACUGCUGCUGCACGCUAAGCUGCUGAAGUGGACUGAGGAGCCGUGUGCAGCCCACCUCACCCAGAGAGACGGCUACCAGGCCUCCACACAGGGACAACUCAAGGACCAGCUCUACCAGGAGAUCAUCAACUUCUUCGACAAGGGCAAGAGGAAGCAGGCUCAGUUCUACGAGAACAUUGUGAAGGUGAUCCGGCCCAAGCCAGACUACUUCGCUGUGGGAUACUACGGCGUGGGCUUCCCUUCCUUCCUCAGGAACAAGAUGUUCAUCUAUAGGGGGAAGGAGUACGAGAGGAGAGAGGACUUUGAGGCCAGACUGCUCACCCAGUUCCCCAACGCGGACAAGAUGAAGACGACCACGCCGCCCGGCGACGACAUCAAGACCUCUUCCUCACAGUACAUCCAGUGUUUCACCGUCAAGCCUGUUCUAGAACUCCCUUCAAAGUUCCAGAACAAACCCGUCUCUGAGCAGAUCGUCAGCUUUUACAUGAUAAAUGAAGUGUAUCAGUUUCAGUACUCCAGACCGGUGAGGAAGGGAGAGAAGGACCCAGACAACGAGUUCUCGAACAUGUGGAUCGAGAGAACCACUUACACCACGGCCUACAAACUGCCUGGGAUCCUGCGCUGGUUCGAUGUCAGGUCUGUCUCCACGGAGGAGAUCAGCCCAUUGGAGAAUGCCAUGGAGACGAUGCAACUGACCAAUGAGAAGAUCAGCAACAUGGUGCAGCGUCACCUGAAUGAUUCCAACCUUCCCAUCAACCCUCUCAUGCUGCUCAACGGCAUCGUGGACCCCGCUGUCAUGGGCGGUUUCACCAACUACGAGAAGGAAGAUACAACCUUCAUACAGAAGACAAAAGAUUGUUUCUGUUAUGAGUUCUGA